CACAGCUUCUUCUUCUUCUUCUUGUUGAGGGUUUAGGCUGAGUUGAGUAGAAACCUCGGGCAUGGAGUUGGAAUCAAGUUACGAAAUUGGGAGGACAGCGGAGUUCAUUGAGAGUAAUAACUUCAGGAGAGUGGCUUUACAGUUCCCGGAUGAGCUUCUGAAGGAGUCGGUGAGAGUUGUGAGUGCUCUGAGGGCCUCACUCAACAACAAGGAGGAAGUGGGGCUGUUCCUAAUGGCGGACACGGCCUACGGUAGUUGCUGUGUGGACGAAGUUGGAGCAUCGCAUGUCGACGCCGAUUGCGUUGUUCAUUAUGGCCACACCUGCCUCAGCCCGACAACAAAGCUUCCGGCAUUGUUUGUUUUCGGGAAGGCUCCAAUCACUGUUUCUGAUUGCGCAAACAAGCUGUCACAUUAUGCUCAACCAAGUGGAAAGCCUGUUUUGGUUCUUUUUGGGUUGGAUUAUGCACAUUCCAUACAGCAAAUAAGAGAAACUGUCAUGGCAGCAGGUGGAUCCGAGUGCAAGCGAGAAGUUCAAUUUGCUAAUGUAAUGUGUUCAGUUAUGAAUCCAUCGAAAGAUCCCCAAGUCUCCAAUGACAUCGUAGGAGCAGCUGAUGGUCUUACUAGUAGUAACAGUUUUGGGACGGUAUCUGGUAAUGUUUAUAGAAUUGGAGGCUUGGUCUGGGAAUUACCUGAGGGAUGCAAAAUGGAGGAUUACUUACUUUUCUGGAUCGGUUCCGAUAACUCAGCCUUUGCAAACAUUGUGUUAACAUAUAGUGGCUGUGAAAUAGUCAGAUAUGAUGCAUCGGAGUGCAGUAUGGUCACCGACUUGUCUCAACAAAGAAGAAUUCUUAAGCGCAGAUAUUACCUAAUGGAAAAAGCAAAGGAUGCUAACAUUGUUGCAAUCUUAGUAGGAACCCUUGGUGUAGCUGGUUACUUGAAUAUGAUUCAUCAGAUGAAAGAACUAAUUACAGCAGCUGGAAAAAAAGUUUAUACUCUAGUUAUGGGAAGACCGAACCCUGCAAAACUUGCCAACUUUCCAGAGUGUGAUAUUUUCAUUUAUGUCUCUUGCGCCCAAACUGCUCUGCUGGAUAGCAAAGAAUAUUUAGCUCCAGUAAUCACUCCUUUUGAAGCGAUGCUAGCUUUCAGCAGAGGAUCUCAGUGGACCGGAGCAUAUGUAAUGGAAUUCUGCGAUUUGAUUAAUUCUUCUCCAGUGGACUCAAGAAACCAGUCUGAAGAAGCACGAUUUUCCUUCAUACAAGGUGGAUAUGUAGAAGAGUUUGAUCGGGAAGGGAAUGAUGCUGAUGAAGACAAGGAAGGAGCUCUUGCUUUAGCAAAUGCGACAGAGAAGGCUCUGCAAUUGCGUGACAACCCUAAUUCCAUAGCCAAGCGAACGGCUAAGUCUGGUGCAGAGUUUUUAGCAGCUCGAUCCUAUCAGGGUCUAGAUAUACAUUAUGACACUUCCUUGCCAGGACCAUAUCUAAUGGGGAGGAGUGGGAGGGCAGCAGGGUAUCAAGAUGAAAAAAGCAUGCAAGAGAAAUUGGAAUGAGUUGAAGAAAGUUAAGAUGUAAGGAAAGGACAAGGCGACGAUUUGCGUGAGAAUUUAUUUAUCAGAAGGAAGCGCGGAAAGCAGUCCAAGGACAGGCAAGGAAAAGAGCAUCUUCAGAUCUACUUUCCACCUUGGAGCUUAGGCAAGCUAUUUGCCAAAGAGUACUAGAGUUGUGAUGCGUCACAAACAAUUUCUUGACGAAUUUGUUUGUUAUGUUUUCUUUUCUUUUGCUUUGCUCAUUUUGUUUUUCUUUAUAAUGUAAGUGUGUAAUUUAAUGGAACAUGCAAUGAGCCGAUAAGUUUUUGGAUGUAUGAUUUUGGCACUUUAAUCUUGCCCAAAUUUAGGUUUACAAUUGAAUGAAAUGCCCCAGAUUUUACUAGCUAGCA